AUGGCGGUGGUUUUCCAAAGUCACGCCACCUUGUGCCAUUAUCAAGGAAAGGACACCCCCGCAAUGAACCUUGCGUCGCCUUUGGGAGAAGGGCAUGGCCUUACACCGUCGUGGGAAGGAGGGUUCGACACAAACAUUGCACUAUCGAUGACUUCUUGUUCAAGAGUAGUGAAAGAAGCGAAUGAGGAGAGCGCUGAGAGGCCAAACUGGCUUGAACUUCCUAAAGAAGUGACUACAAAUAUAUUUCAAAAACUUGGUGCGUUUGAAGUUUUAACUAGUGCGCGCCAAGUUUGCUCUCAAUGGUGGAACAUCUCUAAGGAGCCUCUCAUGUGGCGCACCAUUGACUUGACCAAACCCCGUCACUAUCCACAACCAACAUUAGUGAAUCUUUGCUGUUAUGCCAUUGAACAAAGUUGUGGUCAUUUAGAAGACAUUAGUAUUGAGUUUUUUGCCACCGACAAAGUCCUGAAAUGCAUCGCUAACAAUGGAAGUCACCUACGACGAAUGAGGCUUGUAAAAUGCUGGGCAGUUUCAAAUACAGGAUUGCGAGAGGCUGUAAUCAAGCUUCCAUUGCUGGAGGAGUUUGAAAUUUCAUUUAAUAACGUAUUAUAUGAUACCAUUGCAGUUAUAGGUCAAUUUUGCCCACUUUUGAAAGUGUUGAAAUUAAAUAUGUGCCCAUACAAACGCUUCAAGUAUGAUGAUGAGGCAUUAGCUAUUGCAAGAAACAUGCCCAACCUACGUCAUCUCCAACUUAUGGGAAACUGGCUCACAAAUUAUGGCUUGAUUUUCAUUCUUGACAGUUGUCUUCAUCUUGAAUCUCUGAAUCUCAAGGCUUGUAAGAAUAUUGACUUGAGCGGAAGUUUGGGGGAAAGGUGUUAUAAGCAAAUCAGAGAGAAGUGUGGAUCACCUGGUACCGUUCCAUAUGACAUUUAA